AGUUGAAAGUUAGAAGAGUCGCAAGUGCUUCUGUGAUAGUACAGGACAGAUAUUAUCUAAUAGGUGGAAAUCAUGUAGAAGCUUAUGUUAGAGCAGAAUAUCUUCAAGAAGGAGAUGAAUCUGUAACAUAUGAAGGAAUGCUAACCCCUGAACAAGAGACAGCCAACAGUGGGUAUGGCUGUGCAAUAAGAUUCUCAGAUAAAUCAUUUAUAAUGAUAAUCAAAGACACUGUUACAGAAUAUGAUAUAAUUACAGGAGUUUCCAAGCCUUUACCCUCAUUGAACAUUCCUCGCGUGAAGUUUGGAUGUGAUGCUUUUCUGGAUGAAGAUGGAGAGCGGUCCUAUGUUGUGACUGGUGGAGAUACCCCAGAUUCAACCAGAUCUGCUGAAAUAUUCAAGCCUUCAGUUGGACAAUGGAUACAGAUAGGAGACACAAACUAUCCAAGAACCUUUCAUGCUGUUGUUACCACAUCUGAGGGUGUUUUUGUUAUAGGACGAACUUCCACCCCUGGAUCGGUUGAAAAGCUGGACAUCAAGACAAAGACCUGGCUUGAAACUGGAUUGAUGUAUGACCCUGUUAAUGCCAAGCAGUUUGGUGCAACUGCAAUUCCAGCAAAUCUUCAUCCUUAA